AUGGCAGAAUGUUCCAAUGGCGAUGCUCUGAGACGGCAUGAGCAAGUCCACCAAGAUCCAAAAAGGAGUGUUCUUGAAAAGGGCGCAAGAGCCUGUAUCCAAUGUGCUCUCGCGAGGAGGAAAUGUACCGGCGGUACGACGUGCUCUGGAUGUGGGAAACGUGGUCUCGAGUGUAGCUAUCCCGAUGCUAAUCGGUCAAGGAGAGGGACCCCGAGAACUCCCGGUCAGUAUGAGCAUAGUUCAUCGCCUGUACGUGUCGGACAAGACACAGCUAGUUACGAAGACUCGCCGAUGACUUAUUCUACGUCUGCCUCGCCUAAGGACCAAAGCCAGGGUCGGUUUCAAUCAAGCGCGCACGAUGGUGGUCGUGGUUUUACAGCUGCAUAUGAUUUGAGCUCAGCAAACCCCCCUCCUCUUCGAGACUUCAAUCCAAGGACUGCUGAGGCGACGCAAGCACAGAGACCUUCUAUGUCACAGGAUGUCCGACUGGAAGUUCACAAUUUUAAAGAACCAAGCUCACUCCCUAGAGACUUCGCUAGGCCGGUUGGCCUCCAACCAAAUUCGGCCCAACUUCAAACAAACGCCUUCAUAGAAACCCAAAGUGAACGAGGUAUUUCAGAUCGUUGGUAUGAAAGCAACAACUCAUCAUUGAAUUGGCUUCCGUAUGAUUGGACUCCUGAUUUCCAGGUCGGUCUCGGAAAUACUUUCGGCUCACCAGAUGAAAUGCAAUCUCCAGGUCCGGGACGAAACAAUCAGAACACCUCUCUUGACUUUGGCCGCGUGGUAGAUCCCGCCAGUAUCCAGCACGAAACAUCCCUUGGGAGCCUGCAUCUCAACAACCAUGCGCUAACAAAGUCUGGGGAUUCUCAAGAGGUAUCAAGCCCGGGAUCGCUUUGUACUCAGGAUGCUGGUCAUUAUUAUGUAAACGGUGGAGGGGCCAGACUACCUCGCGUUCGAAAGGCACCAUAUUCCACGGGACUGAUACUCAGUAAUGAUUCAAGGGACUUGAAUACAGGUUUUUGUUUUCCUGAUUCGGACGAAUAUCUGCACUUGGAUAUCAACACUUCAAGUCUUCGCCCACUCCCACUCCACAUAUACGACGAGAUAUCGGAAAUCUUUAGCCUCACAUGCAUUGCCUCGAACCAUUACUCUGGGUUCUCUAGCUCUUCCUUUCCACCAUUGCCAUUGUUCAACCAUUUCAUCCAGUUAUACUUUGAUAACUUUCAAUCGAUCUUACCAUUCACACAUCCACCAACAUUCGAUCUGUCGACAUCUCACUGGCUGUUAAUAUUAGCAUUGGCUGCUGUUGGGAGUCAUUACCUUGACGUAGAGGAUUCCAGGAUCUACUCUGCACCCAUCCAUGAAUUCCUUCGCCGCGCGAUUCAGACAGUUGAAGAGAGUGGGGGCGACCACAAGCCAAACCUCUUAAUCCUGACACAAGCAAAAGUGCUGAACAGCGUUGGGACAAUGUAUUCAAGCGAUCAGCACUUGACGAGCACUGCGAAGAGCUACCAUGGUGCACUGGUCUCAUUCUGUAAUACCGAGUGGAACAACUCCAAAUCAUUAACAGAAGAAGAAGUCAAUAAUACUGGGAUUUCGGUUGAGGAUAAAUGGAGAACUUGGUACGAGGGAGAGAUCUGUCGCAGGACGGGAUAUUGUAUAUGGUUAUUAGAUUGUAUGUGGGCAUUUCAUUUCCAAACAUGCCCAUUAUUGUCACUUGAGGACGCAAGAGCCCCCAUUCCUUGCCAAGAGGUAUUGUGGGGGGCAAAAUCAGCACUUGACUGGUAUCAACUCUAUAGCUGCUCGACACCAAGUCCGUCACUUUCUUCAGCAAUUCAACUAGCAUACAUUGAGAAGCGUGUUCAAUCAUCAACCGGAGAAUUCAGCCGCAUCUUAUGUAUUCACGCACUUUUCCAUCGAACCUGGGAAGUGGAGAACUACUUCACACAGCCCCUGACGCUCUGGGAUCCUACGGCCGAUCGACAAGAUGUUCAGAUGAUAGAUAGAGGAAAUCCGGUAUGGCUUCCAGACAUACAAGCAUAUUCAAAAUGGCGAAAUUCCGCCUGUGAUUGCCUUGACAUCCUCCACUGGCACGCCAAUAGUGUCAUCGGCGCAGCAUCAGGGAUGGAACACACCACUGUCCUCCACCUACAUUUGGCUCGCGUCAUUCUGCUCACCCCGUUUCGGAAAAUCGUCCAAUUAGCACGGCUCAUAACCCACGAGCCCACAAAUUCCCACGGGGACGAGAUAUCUAGCCUCACCAAAGACAUCAAGCGUUGGGCAACAGAGGAUCAAUACAAAGCUCGACUCGCUAUAAUCCAUGCUGGAGUGCUAUUCUGGCAUAUUCGCCGUUACUCCGUCGAUGCAUUCUACGAGCCCUCCUCCGUCUUUCUUGCUACUCUCAUUCUGUGGGCUUAUGGGCGAUUCGCAGUCCAUACUUCCGGAAUUAAUACCAAUCAUAACAGCGAGAAUACCGAGGUAACUCGAGAUCGAGAUGAAGAUGAUGCAGGAUUGCUAUUCCCUACUUCGAUGCAACUAGAUCGUCCAGCGGAUGACGAGCUGGUGCAGCUCUUUGUAAAGAGAGGUUUGACCAUGAAGGCAAACAUUAUGGGUGUAGGUAAUUUGUGUAGUAAAAGGGGGUAUAUCAAGGUCUUAGUUGAGGGCAGGAAUCUUCUAGCUCGAUCAAGAGGAUGGGGUGCGGCAAGGAGAGCAAUUAGGACUUUGGAUGUUUUAGCUGAAACAUAUCAAUAA